GGCAGUACCCGGAGGGAUGCACAGUGACAGGGAGAGCCGCCCUCAGACAUGGCUGAUAAUGAGGAGCUGCUGCCGACCGGCCAUGCCCGCUCCUCUAGUCCGACACAACCAGAGCCCAGCGAUGACAGCCAUUCUCCCCACAGACCCUCGGCUGAUAGCACCCCUCUGGGUGCCCACACCCUGUCCCAUUACACCUCCCGCUUGCCCCCGGGGUUGCUCCCCCUGCCGCCCGGUCUGCCUCUCCGCUUUGACCGAAACAUCAAACAGGCUUUCUACAACACCGGAGCGCUGCUGUUCGCUGCCGGCUGCUGUGGGGCGGCCGUGCUGGUCUACUUCAUCCUCGAGGCCUUCCUCAGGCCUCUCUUAUGGGCUGCGCUGUGUGGCACUUUCCUGCACCCGUUCAAGAGCUCGCUGACCGGCCUGUGCCGCCGCUGGCUGUGCCGCCUCCAGCGCCAGGGCUCCCCCAUCGUGCUGGCCACCCUGCUGCUGCCUGUUAGCUUCGCCAACCACUCUCUGGAGGCCGCUGGGGAGUUCGUUGGCCGCAGACUCCGUGUUCUUGUGCCCCUUCUGGCCGGAGCCCCCGUUGUGUACCUGCUGUACUGGGCCGGCAGCUACCUGGGAGUGCGAGAGCUGCUGGGGCACCUGUGCUCGGCGAUCUGUGGGGCCCUGGAGUACUUCAGCACGCUGUGGAUAUGGACGCUGGUGGUAGGCUAUGCACUGGCCGUAACGUUUAAAUGGAACCCAGACACCCAGCGAUAUCUCUCUGCUAUUUCCAUCCCUGUCUGGCUCAUACUGCUUUUUCAUUUAGCAUCGGUUGCUGGCUCCUGGAAGAUUCCUGUGUUUCUUCUGAUUGUCUUCCUCAUGACUGUUGGUGCGUUUCAUGAGAAACACCAUGCACAUGGGUCAUCAGGCACGGUGCUACCUGGACAAAUGAUCACCAUAGCGGCCUCGACCAUUGCCAUGGCAAUAUCCAUUACCGGCUUUGAGGAACAACAGGAGGAGACCUCUGCAUCACAAUCUGCAGUGGAGACGGAUAGGAAUGAUUCGCCUACCAGCACACCACAUGGCAGGAGACAAAGAAGUGACAUCAGUGCCUUUUUAAGAAAGAAGAAAACCAGCGACAUUUACUUUGUGCUCCUCGUCUGGGCUAUUGUCAUUGUACAGCUGUGGCUCAAUUUGUGGAUAAUACAGCUGCUUCCAGUGCCUAUUGCAGUGUUUGCCAUUAAGAAGCUUAUGACCCACUUUGGCGUGGUGAACUUCUUGGUAAAGCGUGUUGGCGCUUGGUGGGAAGUGGUAGAAGACUUUUUGAAGGAACGACAAGAGGCAUUGGCACCCAGACCAAUUCGAGGACUGGGACGGUUUAUUCUGAAAGUGGAUACUAAGAUGUGGCAUUGGCUUAAUGAGCAGAUGAUUGUCUGGCUGGAGAAAUCACUUGACAAAAUAAUCAGCAUAUUUAUAAUAUUCCUGCUUGUCAUUGGAACUCUUCUGCUUGCCCUGCUUCUAACAGCCAAGGUUCAUGAAGAAAGUGUGCAUAUCAUUGCAGUGACAAGCAACCUUAUAAAUGACACUGUUUCCAACCAUCCUGAAUGGGCAAAUUGGCUACCCGAAGCUCAAGUUAUCCAGAAUGCUCUCAACUCCGCUGCUAAUAAUGUGUAUCAGUAUGGAAGAGAAUGGAUUACCCAUAAGACAAAGGCACUUGCCGAGCCAUCAAAAAUUCUACUUCAUAAAAUCUUGGGGGAGAAAGUCAACAAUACUGCAGUGAUUGAGAAGCAAGUUCUGGAGCUUUGGGACAGACUGUAUCAUUCCUGGGUCAAUAAAAAUGUUACACAUUCCGGAAGACACAAGGGACAGCGAAUGCAAAUACAACGUCAGAACAGUUGGUUGGGAGAAAUUUUGGAUUGGCAAGACAUAGCUUCCUUCGUUCAUGAAAACAUUGAAACCUUUCUCUCGAUACUGGAGUCUCUUUGGAUUGUAAUGAGUCGUAAUUUAAGUCUUCUUUUUACUACUGUAACCACGUUAUUUACUGUCAUCAUCUACAGCGGCACAGCACUCCUCAACUUUGUGUUAUCGUUGGUGAUUUUCCUGACCACCCUGUUUUACCUAUUAAGCUCAAGUGACGAGUACUACAAACCCGUGAAAUGGGUGAUAAGUCUCACCCCACUAUCUCAGCCAGGACCAUCCUCCAAUAUCAUUGGUCAGUCAGUUGAAGAAGCCAUAAGGGGUGUGUUUGAUGCGUCCCUAAAAAUGGCUUGCUUCUACGGACUAUAUACUUGGCUCACUCAUACUAUUUUUGGGAUAAACAUUGUCUUUAUACCAUCUGCCUUGGCGGCAAUUCUUGGAGCAGUACCGUUUUUGGGGACAUAUUGGGCAGCUGUACCUGCUGUGCUGGACCUGUGGUUUGCCCAAGGAGAAAGCUGUAAAGCUGUGUUGCUGCUUGUGUGCCAUUUGUUACCAACCUACUGUGUAGAUACAGCAAUUUACUCAGAUAUAUCUGGAGGAGGUCACCCAUAUCUGACAGGUUUGGCAGUAGCUGGAGGAGCAUAUUAUCUUGGACUAGAAGGGGCUAUCUUUGGACCUAUUCUACUUUGCAUACUGGUGGUUGCCUCUAACAUCUAUCGUGCGAUGCUUGUAAGCCCAACGUCUACGUUGCCCACGCCUUCAUCAACCCCAUGGCCAUUACAGUUUCCCCGGCCAUUCAGAGAAAAUCUUCAGGAAAUGAAAUCCGCAAACGAAUAAUAAACUGAAACUAUCUUGAUAUCACCAACAUUAACCUUACAAAAGGUGGCCUUUAAGAUCCCUUCUAUGGCCUGUACUGAAGCAAAUAUGUUGCCAUGCUUUCUACAGCGAGGGAGUGU